AUGCCGAAUUAUGAUGACUCCUUCUGGGAUAACAAUGAUUGGAUCGUCUUCCGCUCUUCAUUAAAGGUGAAUCUCACGUCAACCAUCAUCGUCUCCUGCACAUGCCUCGCCCUCUUCUCAAUUGUGUUUACGUAUUUGUGUUGGUCUGAAACCUUAUGGAUUAAACGCUUCUUUAGAAUCAACCAUACGUUGCUAAUCCCUCCAAAGAAGAGGGGGGCCUGCCUCAGCGCGCGUGCCGAUGGGGUUAAUGGCGCCUCGCAUCCCUCGGCGCGAGCCUCGGAUGUCAGAAACGAAAGAAACGCCGCCACGGCUACCGCCGUCGAUCCGACGGGGUGGUGUGGCCUCAGCCUACCCGCCCACUCCGCGCUAUUUUCGCUGCCGUCGUUUCGCGAUUGGAUUAGUGUUGAGGAGGAGUUGCCUCGUGCGUCGAUCCCGGUCCUGCCUUCCUCCUCGUCCGCGCCUUCUUCGCCUUCUUCGUCUCCUUACUCGGCCAACACGCGUGGUGGGGUGUCGGGCGCGAGAAGCCACGUCACCUCGGAGGGCUCCCUGGAGCCCGGCGCGCCGUUGGAUUGCAGCCCCACGUCGUACUCCGCUGCGUCGGCCACGAGUGAGAGGAAGGGGGGCCCGUCCGGGGCGCCAAGAGGGGAACGGGGAAGCCGACGACACCGGGGAAGCGAAGCGCCCGGCGAGAUCACCUCGUUGGCGCGUCAGGGCUCGACCUUGGGCGACCUUCCCGUCGAGCUCGAAGGGGGCUUCUCGCGGGAUUAUGUCGACCCCCAGUCCGUGCUGUACAUCUUCACGUUAAAGUAUUUUGCCUCGGUGAUGUUUUUAGGCGGUUUGUUCGUGGUGUGGAUCAUCGUCCUUGCGGUCCACGCGAGGGCGGAGAAGGGACGCUUCUUCGACGAGGCGGCGAGCCGCAACGAGACGUGCGCGCCCGGCUCCAAAGGCUGCACCCCGCAAAACACCACCGAUCUCAAGUAUGAAGCCGCGUUUGAGAUCACGGUGCAGGAUAUCCCGCCGAAGAGUUGGAUGUGGUGGAUCGUGGCGCUGCUCAACUGCGCUUUUUGCGCGGUUUUCACGCUGCUGACGGUGUACUUCGUUCGCGCGGUGGGGCGGUAUGUCGAUGUGGUGAUGGCGCGGCAGAUCCAACACGCACCGGGUUACCGCUUGGUGUGUAUUCGUAGCGGGAAUCGGAAGCAGAUGACGUCGGUCGAGUCCUUUCGACGGCGGUUUCUCCACGAAGCGGUUUACUUUGAAAGCGGUAGCAACAGCCCACGGUGGCACUCAUGGUUGGAGCGGAUGUAUCCGGAUUACAUCUGGCGGUGGAUUCGGAACCGGGGCUGCAUGUUGGAUCGCUCGAAUACCAUCCUGUGGGAGCCGAGUAAGGUGAAGCGGGUGGUGAUCACCCAGCGACCCCCUUCUGGGAUGCUCACCACCAUGCGAAGGGAGCGGCGGCGCGUCCGACGGUUUCAGGAGGCCGUCGUCGUCGCGCGGGAGGAGCAGCGGAAGGCCGCUCGGCGAGCGCCAUCCCCUGCCGAGGCCGCCUCCCAUCCCCCCCCUCCCGCCGGAGGGGAAAAGGGGGAAGAAGGGGAUUUGACCUGUAUCGAGGUCGUCCCCACGGAGGCGUCGAGGGAAUCGAAAAAGGAGGAACCCAAGGAGUCCGGUUGCCUGCGUGUGGGUCGGAGGAUUGGGCAGGCGUUGAAGCGCGGCGCUCGGGCAUGCACGAAGCCCUGCCGCGCCCGCAAGGCGCAUGUCAAGUACCACGAGGAUCGAAUCCGAAGCACCGCGUUGGAGUUAAACCGGUAUAUUGUAGAAGCCCCGAUGCAGGAGGCGGAUUUCGCCGGCUUUGUCGAAUUCGAGGAUAGCCGCUCCGCGCUUGAGUUUGUGAAUCUCUUCCGGGCGCGCUUUGGGAGCUUCACGAGCGGCGCCGUCGUCAGCAUCGCGGGACCCCAUCAGGGGAUCCUCAUGGGGAACCUCCAAAUUUGGAGAGUAUCCGCCAUUUUGCGUCGUAUCCUAAUGAUGUUCUUCUUCCUCCUGCUGGUUACCUGUUAUACCAUUCCAAUCGCUAUCAUCAGCUCACUGGAAAACAUUGCCUAUAUUUUAGGCUACCACGAUGAGUUUGUGAGAAUUUACACCGCUUCUAUGCCAAACUGGUUAAUCCAAGUCAUCAAUUCGUACCUUCCGGUGGUUGUUUUAGCCCUGUUCAACAUCCUUUUGCCCGCAAUCAUACGCUUCAUCGUGGGAACGAUGAAGCUUCUGAACCAGCGAGAAUUCGAGGCGAAGUGCCUACACUUGCAAUAUCUUUUCAUGGUACUUUCUGGUGUUGUCUUUCAGUCCGCACUGCAGGGAGGUCUCAAGGAAAUCGCGUUGGUGGUAACCACAGACACCAAGAACUUUGCCAAGACGUUCUUCUUGGAUUGCGUAGUCCCCAAAAGCAACGUCUACUUCUACGCGAAGGUGCUUUACUCCUUAGGUCUUUCGAUAUGGAUCGACGCGAUCGACCCCCUUCCCUUUCUGCGCGCGCUGCUGUUGCGCGGCUACGCGAAGACGCAGGGCGCCUACAACGCCAUCUUCGCCCGCCGCAAGCCCGACUACGUGGAUUGGUAUAGCUUCGACAUGACAACGCUCGCGAUCGGGCUGCUCUUUCACAUGGCGGUGCCGAUGCUCGUGCCGGCGGUGCUGCUCUACUUCAUCCUUCGCUAUCUUCUCCAGCGCGCGAGGCUGUUCGAUCAGCACCGCGCCGAGGUCCCGGUGGAGCGGGAUUGCACCAACUUCGGGAUCACCGCGUGGGUGAUUCGACGGACGAUGCUGCUUUACAUUUUAUCCGAGAUCGGCGGGCUCGUCGUGCUCUACGUCAACGCGCACACCGGCGGGCUCGUGUUGUUCUGCCUGACGUUGUCGGUGUCGGUGGGGCUGACCAUCUACGUCGUGUUCGCGACCCGCAACUGGACGAUCUCGCUGCGGCGGAUUCACGAGCUCUCAAAGGCGCGCUCCGACGCCACCGAGCUCGACGGCCACGCGGAGCGGCUUUCUAGCGUCGAGAUCUCGACCAAGCAGGUCCGGGAGCUCAAAUCCAGGGCGGGCUCCCCCCAAUCCGAACCCCCGCAGACCCCGGUCGCUAAAGGAAACGACAAAGAAGAAGACGAGGCGAGGGAGUUUAUGGGUAAUCUCUCGAUUGUUUGGGAUCGCCCCUCCACUGAGGGCGCUGAGAAGAUCCGGCACGAAGGGGCCGUGAGCAUGGAUUCCUACGCGACACAGAAUGAACCCACCAGCCAAAUUAUGAAUUCCGGUGUGGGGGAAGUUUGUCCGGAGUGUGAAAUUCAGCUCCGAAAGCGUCUAUCCCGUGGCCACGCGUGCACCUCUCGUUAUAGGAAAAGCUGUCUCUAUCUACCCCUGCAUCUCCGCCUCCGGAUAAUUGACGUGGAGGCGGAGAUAGAGAAGAUGUACGUGGCAAAGUAUGAUGUGGUGCAGUAUUGGAAUAAACCCGACCCCGUCGCGGAGAGACCAGCUUCCGUAUAA